AUGAAUGAACAUAAUAUAAAAAAUAAUAAUUGUGAAAUUAAUGAUGAAGAAACAAACGAAAUAAAUGAUGAAAAUAUUAUAGGUAUAUGCAUAAAAAAUAUAUUAGAGUCUACAUUUGAAAAGAAUUUACACUAUGAAAAUUUCUUGGUUACAAAGAAUAUUGAAUUAAAUAAUUUUAUUAAAGAAAAUAAUAUUUCUGAUGAUAAUUUAAAAGUACCAGAUACUAUGGAUGAUGGUGAUAUACCAUAUAAUAUGAUAUACAAUGAAGAUAUUUUAAAUAUAAAAAAAAAAAAUGAUGAUGAUAUUAUAAAUGAAGAUAUAAAUUAUACAAAUGAGUUCAAAAAUUAUAAUACAAACAAUAGUAAUAUAUAUUCAUUUAAUAAUAACGAAUCAAAAGAAAUAAAUAAAAAAAAAGGGGAAAGAAAAAGAAAGAGAAAUUACCUUAAUAUUAAUGAUUAUAAUUUUGAUUAUGAUGAUGAAGACUUCAUUGAAAGUUCUAAUGAACUCUUCUUAAAAACACAAAAUGAUAUUGAGAAUAAAUAUGAUACUUCAAAGCUUAUUAAUAUGGAUGAUGAUAUUAUAAAGAACCUAAUUAUGCCACCUGUAGUACCAUUCAAUGAUAUGUUUAAAAAAUUUAAUAAAGAAAUAAGUGACAUAUAUAUAAAAAAUAAAAAUAAUAAUAUAGAAGAUUUAAAUAUAUUCUUAGCACCGCAAUUAUUAUGUUUAAAAGAAAAAGAAAAUACCUUAAUUAAUGAAAAUAAUUAUAUUAAUUCUAAUUAUGACUCAUUUAUAUUAAAAAAAUUAAAAAUUAUAGAUGACACUGAGAAUAAUAAUUUUUCUAAUCAAAAUAAAGAUUUACAAAAACUUUUUAUGUAUUUAAUGUCUUGGUAUUUUUCUGGAUUUUAUUCUGGAAAAAUGAGUGUAUUGAAAGAAUUAUAUAGAGAAUAA